GUCCGCGCGAGGAGGAUCGACAGAGAGGUGGAUAUAUUCUGUUCUCAACUGUGGCUCCGUGUCCAAUGAACGAGGACUCAACUCGCCAACAAUCGCCACCGGCAGUGGAAAGUGGAAGGGAUAUCGCACGCAAGCGCGAAUCGCGUAUAUGUGCGCUACGCACAAUUGAGAUAGAAAAAUAUAUCUUUCUUUGUCGAUCCUCCUUGCACGCUCCUUGGCCUCUCCAUUAGUAUAAGCUCUCUAUGGUGGUGGUGCUAGUGGUAAAAAUGGCAAGGCACUCGGUGUUAUUGUUUUGUAUCAUUAACAUAGUGAGAUUAAGGAGUAUUAUUGUCUUAAAUAUAUCUUUACUGAUAUAAAUAUUAUUGUCUUGACGUAUUAUCGUAUUACUAAAGAGAAACAUGGUCCCCCCUGUUAUCGUCUUCUUUAUUCCAUUAGUCAUUAUAGGUUUGGGAAUUGUUACUUGUUGGACUUGCGUCCCAUAUUGUUGUCUUUAUGUUAUAUUAACUUGCUCCUGCCUGUUUGUCGGCCCGUUAAUUAUGAUAAUGAUUAACAUAGCCCUAUCCCCUAAACACCAGACUGGUUCUAGUUCCCUUAGAACCAUUACCGAGAUGGAUGCCUUCCAUAAUAUGCUGAUGAAAGGAUACGAGCCUAAAUCAGCUACCAGCAAAAAACAUAUGCGUUAUCCUGUGAUUUUCACUCGUUUGGUGGAUGGUGCUUUGCAGAAUCUUCUAGAUCUAGUCUUUCAGGAUUUUGUUGGUUCUUGGUUAAAUGAUCUGGCCUUUGGUUCAGAACAACUGAUAAAUAAUAUGAAACAGGAUAUAUGGGGUGCGAUACAGAGCCUCCACGAUCGUUUGUCACAUGUUGAUCAUACUAAAUUAGUUGUUUGCAAUAUAGUGAACAAGCUUACCUUUCAUUUCGAAAAGAUCAGGAUAGCUCAAGCAGCUUCAUCAGAGGGAGAAGAUCCUGUAUUUAUUUUGUCAGCACAUUUGAUGUCACCUGUUGCUGAAUUGGAGUAUUUAAGGAAGAUUAGUGAACUUUAUAUCCUGUUUUUGUUACCACGCAGUUACUCUCUUUCUCCUGUCAAAUUUCUUUUAAGGGAACUUCUCACAUGCAAAGUCUUGAAACCGGCGAUAGAUUUAAUCACGGAUCCCGAUUACAUCAAUCAAAAGAUCUUGGCGUAUAUUGAUCAACAACAACUCGCCGAAGCGAUGCACAGAAAAACAUACGAAUAUGCGGAAUCCUUCGAGGACUUCAUUCGUAUGAUUAAGAGCACUAAGGAUUUAGAAGUUCUCAAACAUAUUAGGUAUAACAUUGUUACCGAGAUUAUGCAAGCCACCACGAUACAGAAUAUUAAACGAGCUCAAGGCUUGGAUCCUGAAAAUAAUACGCUCGGAAAUUGCGAUACUAUUCGAGCGAGAAAACUUAAGAGAUACAUCAGCCAAUUGACGUAUGCCAAGAAUACGUGCGAGUGUCACAUGGAAACGUUGGGAUGGGAUGGAUAUCCUCAUCAGGAUACGGAGAUUUGUGAUGCCGCGGAGAUUACGGAAGGCAGGAUAAUUCCGCUGCAAGCGAUCCUGGAUAAUGUGACUGGCCGACGAUAUUUGUCUCAAUUUCUAGAACAGGUCGCCAGUCAAGGAUUAAUCGGUUACUGGGCGGCGGUGCAGGAAUUACGCACUGCGGAUCGAUCCAAUUGGCAUCAAUUGGGAGCUGAGAUUUUUUAUACUUACAUCAGAUCACCCACCGCCGAGAUUAAAGUUGAUAAAAAUGUCCGAAAGCGAAUGGAGGCCUUUCUGUUGGGCGAUACAGGACCUAGUAUUUUUUACGAUGUUCAAGAUAGCGUCGUCAAGACGCUCCAAGACAAAUAUUAUCCAUCAUUUCUCGUUAGCGAGCAAUAUAAAAAUAUGCAAGAAGCGUUACUCAAUGAAAGAGCAGAGGGUUUAGCUGAAGAUCAUGGGAUCGUUGAUGGUACAUUAUCAGAAUCUUCAACUUUGCUCGUUGGCGAACGAUCGAACUACGCUCGCAGCAAACUGGAUCAAUUGCAGGAAAAAUUGAACAACAAAAUGCAAGCUCUGCAAGCGCUUAAAUCCUCUCUCAAGCCCGAGAGCAAAGUACUAAGUAUAUUGGCGAAAGAGGUCGAAUGGUUGCAAGGCGAAAAACGACAAUUGGAAGCGCAUUUAAAUCAUACGGAAAUGUGGGCCGAACAUUUAGGUCAUUGGAGAGCUGAUGUGCAAAAUGCAGAAAUGCCUGAUAAUGGGGAUCCUCCACAAUUUGUAUUGGUUGUCCACAUGGCAGAAGAUGAAGACAAUGACGAGAGUAUAUCCAGUGGAUGGGUGGUGUUGAGGAAAUUGCAAGACUUUCAAGAUCUUCAUAGAAAAUUACGUCAGUUAUGUUCUGAUGUUAAAAAUCUGGACUUACCGUCGCAGCCUCUAAAGUUUUUCGGGAAAUCUGAUAAAAGUACCCUUGACAAAGCUAAAAUACAGAUACAAAAAUAUUUAAAUUUUGUCUUGGAGGAUGAAAGACUUAAUCAAAGCGAAGCAUUAUAUGCCUUUCUUAGUCCAAGUUCUGAGCACCUUAAAGCCGUGGCACCAUCUCCCAAGAAAUCUCGUUUUUCUUUAUCUACAUUAUUCAAAACAUCUAUUGGUAGUAACGAGUUACGCGAUAAAGAAGACGAAGAAGAUUAUUCGUUGUUAUUGGACGAUAGUGAGACAGGCCGUACCGGCACGGAUAGCUAUCUAAAUGCUAGCAAGGAUGCGAUCGCCGAGCCAUUGUACACGCUUUUAGGAGAAGUUUUUGAUUUGCGAGGAGUAUUUCGUUGGCUCAGACGGUCCCUUAUCACUUUCGUACAAAUUACUUAUGGACGCACCAUAAAUAGACAAAUUAGAGAUAUUGUCGCUUGGGUGUUUUCCGAGCCGAUGCUUCAUUACUACAUACAAUUGUUUAUAAAAUCGUGGUGGCCGAAUGGUCAACUUGUGUCCGAGACGGUUCUUCGUACUGACGAGGAGAAGUUAAAAACGCGAGGCGAGGCACGUAGGCAAUUUCUCAAUAACGUACCUGAAGUAUUGACUAAUCUAGUAGGAGCGCAGAGUGCUCAACGCGGCGCGACUAAAGUUUUCGAUUCCCUACAGAAUGUAAAUCUGAAUAAACAGUUAUUUUAUGAUAUAUUUGAAGUAUUAAUGUACGAAGUAUUUCCAGAAUUGCAACACAAACAAUGUUCUUUAACAAAAUAAAUCCUCAAUAUGACAUAUGAA